AUGGACGGACCCAGCAAUCGACGUCCGCCAGCGCCAACGGUUGUGCUGCUGGAGAAGGAGCAGCAGCAGAAGUUGCGUGAAGGCCACGCAGACCAAUCGAAUCGAUGCUCUGACGACCAACAGCGGCUGCAUCCCGGGCCUACCAGCGACAGGUUGGCUCUGCCCUCGAUGCUGCCUUCUUCCCAACAUGUCGCACUCCAAGCGCCUCCGCCCCCCACGACCAGCUACUUGCGCACUGACUUUACAACUGGACGUCGCCCUCUCUCUACGACGGCUGCGAGUUUCCACAAGACCAGUGAAGAACGAGGUGGUGAUGGUCUUCAGACGAACGUUUCCACCAACCGCCAGAAUCCGAACCCGGUAGCGGCUUUUCUGAAAGCGAAGGAUGCGCGGGAGAACUUUGCAAGCGGCAACUCCUUGUCCGCGCCCACUGACUACGACAACGUGGAGCAUACGGCAAUGCCUUUCAUCUCCAGUGCUGACUGUCCCGUGGAACAGCGUCCAGAUCCGACGAAAGGAUUUCGAGGAAAUGGGAGUAACCUGAAGCUGUCGGUCAGGUACAUGCUUAUUGGAGCUAUCUUCGGCAUUGCACUGGGGAUCGUCUUCACCUACAUCGGCAUGUCGCCCAUUGCAGCGCAGUGGAUAUCGCUACCUGGCGACUUGUUCCUCCGAGCUGUCAAUGCCCUCGUGGUGCCUUACGUCUUCUGCUCCGUGGCUGUAGCUGUGGGAGACAUUGUCUUUGUCGGCAAAGUAUCGAUCGUCGGACUGCAGACGCUGAAGGUUUUCGCGGUGGGGUGGCUGGUCUCUACGAUCUUGGGGAUCAGUGUAGCUCUCGUCUUGCGUCCCUUUUUCCGGCUCAAGACCAAAUUUGCCAUGCCUAGUGCGAAUGCAGUGGGGCUGACUUGCUCGAACGGACAAAUGGUGCAGAUGCUGAGCAACAACAGUAUCGUUUGCUCAUCCGACGCGACAGAGCUAUCGUUGAACAACGCCUUCGUCUUGACUGACAUGAACAAAGUGUUUGUGACGAACAGCGAUGCGGUGAUCACUGACCUGACGCUACGAAAGCAGUUGAUUUCGACGCUGGAGUCCGUAGUACCCAACAACAUUUUUGCUGCAUUGGCUGAAGGCAAUCUCUUGUCGAUCAUCGUCUUCGCUGCAGUGUUGGGCUCAGUUGCAGGGCGAAGCUACUUUUCGAACAGCUGCCGUGUGAAUUAUUUGUACCUGGUGCUCUUGCAGCUGCGCAACACUUUCUUUCUGGCCAUGGAGUGGGUCAUUUGGAUCACACCUGUUGCUGUCGUCUCCAUCAUCUCUGGAGCUUUUGCAUCCAGUCAGGACGCAGUGAGUCAGAUGCCCAAAGUCUACAUGUUUCUGGUGGCCUGUAUUCUGGCUACUGCACUGCAGAUCUUGGUCGUCUACCCGCUCGUGAUUUUUCUUCUCACCCGGUGCAACCCGUACGUGCACAUGCGCCACAUGGUCCGCUCGUAUCUCUUCGCUUUCGGUUCAUCUUCGUCGCUGGCUUCUGCUCCAGUAACGCUCAGUUGUAUUCAGAAGGCUCGCGUGUGCUCACAGUCGAUCGCCACUUUUGUCGUCUCCAUUGGCGCCGUCACGAAUAUGUCGGGCUCGGGAUGGUACUUCCCCAUUGGUAUAAUUUUUCUUGCUGAGUCAUCCGGUAAUGGCGAUGAGCUCAACUUUCUGCGUCUCGUUGCAAUCUUCUUCCUAACGCUGGUCGCGUGCGCUUGCGCGCCGCCAGUGCCAAACGGUGGAAUGGUGCUCAUGUCCACGAUGUACAAGACUGUCUUUGGUGUAAGCUUGUUGCCAUCCACUUGGGCACUUUAUGUCGCGAUGGACUUCCUAGCUGACCGUCUGGCGUCUAUUUGCAAUGUCAACGACGAGAUCAUGGCGCUCAAGGUCAUUGCCGAGAUCACGGACGAAACGGUGGCAGGGGACCAACUCAGCCAGCGCAACUAG